AAGAUCAUGAAGAAGGCUUUGGAGCGAGGGUCUCUGAUGGGCUGCUCCAUCGAUUCCCUGGUUCCUGCUCGGUUUGAGACCCGUACAGUGACUGGGCUAGUAAAGGGUCACGCCUACUCUGUCACUGCUGUGGAGGAGACCAUCUCAGAACAAGGAAUCUAAAGUCCGCUUGGUGAGGCUCAGAAAUCCCUGGGGUCAAGUGGAAUGGAACGGGCCCUGGAGUGACAACUCUAAGGAGUGGGCCACAUUGCCUAAAGCUGAAAAGGAGAAGCUGCAGCACCAGAAUGCAGAGGAUGGAGAGUUCUGGAUGUCAUUUGAGGACUUUAAGAAGAACUACACAAAGAUUGAGAUCUGUAACUUGACCCCUGACGCUCUGGAGGUCGAUAAGAUCCACAAAUGGACAGUGUCUGUGAACGAGGGCCGCUGGGUCAGGGGCUGCUCCGCUGGAGGCUGCAGGAACUACCCAGACACAUUCUGGACCAACCCUCAGUACCGCCUGCGUCUCCUGGAGGAGGAUGAUGACUCUGAGGAGGGCGAGGUUGGCUGCACGUUUGUGGUGUCUCUGAUGCAGAAGAACAGGAGGAAAGAGAGAAAGAUGGGAGCCAAUCUGUUCACCAUCGGGUUCUCCAUCUAUGAGGUGCCAAAGGAGAUGCACGGGAAUAAGCAGCACAUGCAAAAGGACUUUUUCCUGUUGAACCAGUCCAAGGCUCGCUGUAAGUCCUUCAUAAACCUGAGAGAGGUGACGCAGCGUUUCCGCCUCAGUCCUGGAGAAUACGUGAUCGUACCAUCAACCUACGAACCACACCAGGAGGGGGAGUUCAUCCUCCGUGUCUUCUCUGAAAAAAGGAACACUUCAGAGGAAAUAGAGAACAGGAUCGAGGCUGACCAUCCCGUGCCUGCUCCAGCCUCGGCGGGGGAAGAGAGUGAAGAGGACCAGCAGUUCAGGUCUAUUUUUCAAGAAAUAGCCGGUGAUGAGAUGGAGAUAACGGCCAACGAACUGCAAAAUGUCCUCAACAGAGUUAUCACCAAACACAAAGACAUGAACACAGAGGGCUUCAGUCUGGAGAGCUGCAGGAGCAUGAUCGCGCUGAUGGAUAUGGAGGGAACAGGGCGACUGAACCUCCAGGAGUUCAGGCAUCUGUGGAACAAGAUCAAACAGUGGCAGGGAAUCUUCAAGCACUAUAAUGCCGACCAGUCUGGGAGCAUCAACAGCUAUGAGAUGAGGAAUGCUGUCAACGAUGCAGGCUUCCGUCUUAAUAACCAGUUGUACCACAUCAUCACCAUGCGCUAUGCUAACGAGAACAUGAACAUCGACUUCGACAGUUUCAUCAGCUGCCUGGUCCGACUGGAAGCCAUGUUCAGGGCGUUCCAGGCCUUCGAUCAGGACGGAGACGGCACCAUCAGACUCAGUGUCCUCGAGUGGCUCCAGUUGACCAUGUACGCCUGAAGAGUCCACUCUGCUCCAGACUGGGUUUUACCUCAAACAGUUUGUUCCAACCUCUGCUCCAUCACAGCCCCUCAGUUCUCCAGCCUGUUGUAAUCAUCGUCUAAAGCACAACUAUUCACUGUUGUAUGAUGUUAAUUCUCAGGCAUCUAAAACAGAACAACCUCUUUAUUUCUGUCACAAUACCUCACAACAGCCUUCUCUGAUGUGUCAUUAACUGUACCUCCAACUGUCAAACACACCGAGCAGUAAUCAUGUAAGGAAUGAACUGGGCUCACUGGUGGACUAUCAAUAAACUUGUGGACAAACAAAUGGACGAAAACAACUUUUUUACUCUACUGGUCAAUCAAAUAAACAUAUAAUGUCUCCUUUAGGACUAUCUUAAAAUCCAUUGUAGCCAAAUCUGAAAGGGAAAUUACAUAGGGUCAAUCCAUAUUAUUACUCUUCUUAAUACUUUGUUAUAAGGAAGCAUGCUACCCAUUUAAAAAUAAACCUACUGCUAUUUUAGUAAUUUAAUAAAUCUUUGUCAAAAGAAGUUUCACCGGAUUACACUGAUGGAGUUUACCCCAGUUAUGAAUGAAUGAAGAGCAUAGUUGUUGUUCGAGUUUUGAUCUGAAAAUAUAGAUUUGAAAAUGGCUACUAGGUUGGACUGUGGCAUUUUGUGAUUUUCUAUGAAGGCUUUGGUCAAAUUAGUGUACGGAGUUUUCCAUUAUAUUCCAAUAAAUAAAUGUAUAGUAUUGUUUUGACUGUGUUGCGUAUUAACUUUCCCCUCCCCCGUAAACACUG